CCGGCGGCCGCCAUGGCGGACAGCGGCACCGCGGGGGGCGCGGCGUUGGCGGCGGCGGCCCCGGCCCCAGGGCCGGGCAGUGGCGGCCCAGGACCACGCGUCUACUUUCAGAGCCCCCCCGGGGCCGCAGGAGACGGCCCGGGCGGCGCAGACGAUGAGGGCCCAGUGAGGCGCCAAGGGAAGGUCACCGUCAAGUAUGACCGCAAGGAGCUACGGAAGCGCCUCAACCUAGAGGAGUGGAUCCUGGAGCAGCUCACGCGCCUCUACGACUGCCAGGAAGAGGAGAUCCCAGAACUGGAGAUUGACGUGGAUGAGCUCCUGGACAUGGAGAGUGACGAUGCCCGGGCUGCCAGGGUCAAGGAGCUGCUGGUUGACUGUUACAAACCCACAGAGGCCUUCAUUUCUGGCCUGCUGGACAAGAUCCGGGGCAUGCAGAAGCUGAGCACACCCCAGAAGAAGUGAGGGUCCCCGACCCAGGAGAACGGUGGCUCCCACAGGACAAUCGCUGCCCCCCAACCUCGUAGCAACAGCAAUACCAGGGGACCCUGCGGCCAGGCCUGGUGCCAUGAGCAGGGCUCCUCGUGCCCCUGGCCCAGGGGUCUCUUCCCCUGCCCCCUCAGUUUUCCACUUUUGGGGUUUUUUAUUGUUAUUAAACUGAUGGGACUUUU